UAUGGCGAAGUUUGCCAGAUAGACGUGAAGUAUCGUAUAAAGAAUAUCAUUGACUAUUUUAUGAAAUAAUUUUCAGCCAUACCUGAAAGUACAAUAAUAGACUUGGCUGGAACCUGCAGCCUGAUUAAAUAAAUAGUAUUGUCUAUCUCUUGAACUGCUCUACCAGCAGUAACCCAACUUCUCUUUCGUCCGGCGCAAAUAGAUUAAAUCAAAUUCAAGAAAAUUUUUUGGUGUUUUAUUAAGAGUCUUAGAUACAUAACCUUCUUAAGCGUUAUAUAAAAACAUGGAAGGACAACAAUUUUGUUUACGAUGGCACAAUUUUCAAAACACAUUAUUGAGUUCUCUUCCUAAAUUACUUGAUGGUGGUUAUUUAACAGAUGUUACACUAAGUGCUGGUGGUAGACACAUACAUGCACAUAAAAUUAUUCUUUCUGCUUGUAGUUAUUAUUUUAAAGAAUUAUUUAAGGAUUUAAGUUCUUUGCAACAUCCUGUAAUUGUAUUACCAGGAAUGGAAUAUGCAAAUUUAUGUGCACUUGUUACAUUUAUGUAUAAUGGUGAAGUGAAUAUUUAUCAAGAACAAUUACCUGCACUUUUGGCUAUGGCAGAUACCUUACAUAUUCGUGGAUUAGCUGAUAUAGCUGGGAAAAAUUCGAGACAUGAUAAUGGUUUAUAUGUUCAACCUACACCAGUACAACUACAAGAAAAAGUAUUAGCCGAAACAUCAAUAAAAAAAGAAAAUAAAGACAAUACUGCAAGUGGCGAAUCUUUAGAAACGGUUUUAGAAACGGAAACAACUGAAAAUGUAGAGGAAAGCUUUAAUGAUCAAGAAAGUAUACCUUAUUGCGUGAAGACUAAACCUUAUUAUUCUAUUAAUGCGAAAUUAAAUACAAGAGAAAAAAUUAAUAUUCCUUCCAUUAAUGCUUCCACCAAAUAUGUUGAAAAAACAUAUUCAGAAAGUGGAAUAGAUGAGAGCACACCUGCUUUAGAAGAUCAAAUUACUCCAAUAGAAGAUACAAAACCUCCUCCUGUUUGGGAUGCGAAUUUUAAAUUUCUUACUAGCUCUGUGAGCGGUAAAAGUUCUCAGAAUUAUAAUAAAUCUAGUGUUACUUGUCUUAUUUGCGGAAAGCAAUUAAGUAAUCAAUAUAAUUUGCGAGUACAUAUGGAAACUCAUAGUAAUAGUUCAUAUAGCUGCACAGCUUGUUCACAUGUAUCAAGAUCACGAGAUGCCCUUAGAAAACAUGUUUCUUAUAGACAUCCAGUGGCCUCACCACAAAAACGUUCACGUUAUAGUACACCGAAAUCAUAAAAAUUGGUAUCUUUAUCCUUGAUUUAUAUUUUUGUUUUAGGAUUAGGACGUUUUAUUUAAAACAUAAAUCUUUUGUGUUAUUUAAUGUCCUAAAUAUUUUACGUAUUAUUGAUCUAAGUAAAUGCGUAUUGAUUAAAAAAAAAAAAAAAAAACAAAAAAAAAGAUUAUGAACCAAAAAUGAAAAAAAUUAGUCAUAAUUAAAUAUCAGAAAUUUCUUGAUUGUUUUCGUUAUUUAUUGUUAGAAUAUAUAUAUUUCUUUUAAAUUAUAGAUUUUUGAUUUAUAAAAAGAAAGUAGAAUCGAUAUGAAAAUAUUAAUUUUUUAUUGUAAAGUUAUUAAAAUGUUUUCUUGUUCAAGUGGUACACUCCAUAUCAUUAUUUAUUUAAUUAAAAAAGUCCAUAUAGCAUUAAAUAAUACGAAUUAAAACAAAAAUAUAUAAAGAUUUCUCAAUUUAUAUGAUUCUUUCUAAUUGUUUUUUUGAUGUAAUAUUUAAUCUUUACUUAAUCUUUAUUUAAUAUAAAAAUUAAAUAUUUUAUUAUAUAAAAAUAAAUUAGUGGAAGAUUUAAGAUGAAAACUUAUGUACCUCAACUUUUUAAGAAAUAUUCAGUACUGGACUGAUUAAGAAUAAGGCAAAUUAUAGUAACCUUGAUUAUGUUGUUUUAAGUGUACAAAUAAUUUAAAAAAAGCGUGAUCACGUUCCUUAAAGCCCUUAGUGUUCGAAUUGUUACUGUUUUCUUGUUAUCGUUAAGAUGUUUUAAUAAAGACAAAGUAGACAAUUA